CUCUCUCUCUCUCUCUCUGUCGAUAUCUGUCUUUUUAGGAGAAGGGAUGCUUGUUUCAUUCCUCUGUUUGAAAGGACUCUUUUUGAUGCUGUAGACUUGAAAGCGUUUGUGUGCUGGUUACUUUGCCCUACCUGUGGAGGAUCCCGGUAGUCAGCCAGCCUCUGGAGCGUGUGUAGCCCCCAGCCGCAGCCACCAUGCUGGGCUUGGAUGUGUGUGAGUUUGGGGGUCAGGUUCUGGAGCUUCUCUGGCUAACCAUGUGUUACCAAGGUUUGAUGGCGGAUAAGGAGGAGAAGCCUGUGGGAGAGGAGGAGGACGAGACAGACCUGAACUACACUCCUCCAGCCCAGAAGAGCCUGCAGGAAAUACAGGAACUAGACAAGGAUGAUGAGAGUCUCAGGAAAUACAAACAGACUCUACUAGGAGCUGGACCAGUGGUGGCAGACCCGACCAUUCCCAAUGUCCAGGUCACCAGACUGACCCUGAUGUGCGACCAAGCACCUGGUCCUAUCACCAUGGACCUCUCAGGUGACCUGGAGGCUCUGAAGAAGAAGAGUUUCACCAUGAAGGAAGGAGUGGACUACAGAGUGAAGAUACACUUCAAGGUUAACAGGGAUAUUGUGUCUGGGCUGAAGUACGUCCAUCUGACCUACAGGAAAGGAAUCAGAGUGGACAAGGCGGUGUACAUGGUGGGCAGCUACGGGCCACGGGUGGAGGAGCAUGAGUUCAUAACCCCGGUGGAGGAGGCGCCCAAAGGCAUGAUUGUCAGAGGCAGCUACCACAUCAAGUCCCACUUCACCGAUGACGACAAGACCGACCACCUCUCCUGGGAGUGGAACCUGGGGAUCAAGAAGGACUGGGACGAAUAGAGAGGAGCCUCAUUCCUCUCUCCCUCCUUCCCUCUCCCUGUGUCUCCACCUCUCCUUUUCUCCUUCCUUCCUUCCUUCCUUACUCCUUCUCUCCCCUGUCUCCCCCACUUUCAUCCCUCCUUCCCUCCCUCCAUCAAGAAGGACUGGGAUGAAUAGAGACCUCAUCCCUCUCUCCAUGCUUCCCUCUCCCUGUGUCUCCCCUCUCCCUCCUUCUCUCCCUCUUCAUUAAGAAGGACUGUCUCUCCCUCUUUCUUCCUCCCAACUCCUCUCCCCUGUCCCUCCAUCCUUCCCCUCUCCCUCCUCUCCCCCCUCCUUCCAAGGCCCACCUGUAUAAUAGUAAAAGACAGAGACCGGUAUGAAAGGUGUAAACAGGAAGUUAGGUUAGGCACAGUCUAGAACGAGACAGAGAGGAUGUUGUCAUAAACCAAACCAGUAUACAUCAUAGUAGACAACCGAACAUCAUGGGCUACAUCCCAAAAUGGCCCCCUAUUCCCUGUACAGUGCACUACCCACAGGGCUCUGGUGAAAAGUAGUGCACUAUGUUGGGAAUAGGGGGCCAUUUGGGAGGCAGGGGUAUGAUCUGUAGGUGGAGAUCCACUUGUCUAUCUGUGAUGUAAUCUGGUGUUCUCUACUACAGUGUGUUAACUGAAGGGGAUCAAAUGAAGUUAAACACGUGGGACUCACUCAUACAGUGAAGUUGGAGUAUGGAGAUGUAUUUACACCCCGUAGUGUGAGAGGUACAUUCUAGAAGGUUAUUCUAAAGUGUUCUAUUCUGGAAAUUGCCAGUUCAACAAGUUUUCAAGGAGCAACCCUUUGUAAUGUUAGUUAUCAGUUAGAAUGUUUGACAACAGCGUGUCUCAUACUCCUCAAGAAGUUACCAUCUUCUAAGUUCUACAUCUAGAAUGACCAUCUUCUAAGUUCUACAUCUAGAAUGACAUCUUCUAAGUUCUAGAAUGACAUCUUCUAAGUUCUAGUUCUAGAAUGACCAUCUUCUAAGUUCUAGUUCCAGAAUGACCAUCUUCUAAGUUCUAGAAUGACCAUCUUCUAAGUUCUAGUUCCAGAAUGACCAUCUUCUAAGUUCUAGUUCCAGAAUGACCAUCUUCUAAGUUCUAGUUCCAGAAUGACCAUCUUCUAAGUUCUAGAUCUAGAAUGGCCAUCUUCUAAGUUCUAGAAUUACAUAUUCUAAGUUCUAGUUCUAGAAUGACCAUCUUCUAAGUUCUAGUUCUAGAAUGACCAUCUUCUAAGUUCUAGUUCUAGAAUGACCAUCUUCUAAGUUCUAGUUCUAGAAUGACCAUCUUCUAUGUUCUAGUUCUAGAAUGACCAUCUUCUAAGUUCUAGUUCUAGAAUGACAUCUUCUAAGUUCUAGUUCUAGAAUGACCAUCUUCUAAGUUCUAGUUCUAGAAUGAUCAUCUUCUAAGUUCUAGUUCCAGAAUGACCAUCUUCUAAGUUCUAGUUCUAGAAUGACCAUCUUCUACGUUCUAGUUCUAGAAUAACCAUCUUCUAAGUUCUAGUUCUAGAAUGACCAUCUUCUAAGUUCUAGUUCUAGAAUGACCAUCUUCUAAGUUCUAGUUCUAGAAUGACCAUCUUCUAAGUUCUAGUACUAGAAUGACCAUCUUCUAAGUUCUAGUUCUAGAAUGACCAUCUUCUAAGGUCUAGUUCUAGAAUGACCAUGUUCGAAGUUCUAGUUCUAGAAUGACCAUCUUCUAAGUUCUAGUUCAAGAAUGACCAUCUUCUAAGUUCUAGAUCUAGAAUGACCAUCUUCUAAGUUCUAGAUCUAGAAUGACAAUCUUCUAAGUUCUAGAUCUAGAAUGACAAUCUUCUAAGUUCUAGUUCUAGAAUGACAAUCUUCUAAGUUCUAAUUCUAGAAAUGUAUCUAUCUCAGUUUGCUCUUUACAUCUGAAUUUCUGUUACUGUGUCUUUCAGUUGCCUUCUGUCUCUGUUAUACUUGACACACCUGAGCUGUUAUUGGAUUAAUGUAAAACAACAUGGUUUCACACUGUCUGGAGGUGUUUAACAGGGAAGAUGGGUUACCAUGGUAACAUAUCAACAGACAACUGUUGUUUUCUGAGGUUUGUCCUUAUAUUUGCUCUAUUUUUCAAUGCUGCUUGAAUGCCAUUUUCCCAAUGUCUGCCUUUUCUUUUGCAUAUUGAUAGAGUUGCUCUUUAAAAGAUAAGCCAUUCACCAUGUAUCAACCAUCUUCCAUUAAACAUCAUGUAAACAUCAUGAGGAAGCCUGUUGUCUGGCUAUGAUGAAGAAAAUGUGAUUGGGAUGUGUACAAUAUGUUCUGUAGUAGUUGCUACAGAAUAAAGCCCAAUGGAAGUAGCCUACACAGUGUUUUUACCUCUCUGGCAGGUAGUGACCCUAAGACAUAUCUCUACAGUAGAGUAGAGGGUCAGCUGGGUUUGAGGUUUAGUAUCUUAAUGGGCGCCAUGUUAGCACCCGAACUAUCAUGACAUGAUUAUUCCAGUCAGAAUGUAAAUUACAACGUUAUGAUGGUGAUUGGUUAGCCUGGGUAUCAGUAUGUUUGUACCAUCAUGUCACUCCUUGCCACUUCUUGGCGGCCAAACAUGACAAUGAAUGGAAUGAUGGCACACACUGAUCUGGGAGCAGCAGGUUAGACAUUGAUCUGGGAGCAGCAGGUUAGACACUGAUCUGGGAGCAGCAGGUUAGCAUUUGGUGCCAACAUGGAGGUUAGACACUGAUCUGGGAGCAGCAGGUUAGCGUUUGGUGCCAGCAUGGAGGUUAGACACUGAUCUGGGAGCAGCAUGUUAGACACUAAUCUGGGAGCAGCAGGUUAGCAUUUGGUGCCAACAUGGAGGUUAGACACUGAUCUGGGAGCAGCAGGUUAGACACUGAUCUGGGAGCAGCAGGUUAGCGUUUGGUGCCAACAUGGAGGUUAGUUUGCUGAAGUGUGGUGUAUAUCUGUUGCUCAGGGUCACGGUCCCCCUUUAACACCAAGCAUGAGGCCUAAAGGCAUCGACUGACUCGGGUAACAAACUAAUGAAACAAAAAAGAACCCUGUUCUAUCUAUAACGUGACCCUUUUGUCCUGUAAUGUAACUCAGUGGAUGAGGUCUUCAAGAUUUGAUCGAUUCUGUCCUUCCCAAAAACGUCAAAACGUCCUUGUCACUAUUGUGUAAAGUCUUAUGGUGUUGUAAGUGUUGAUGAUAAUGAUCAUGAUUUUGAUGAUGCCAUUCAAAAUGGUGGUGAACCCAGAAGUAACUGUAAUGUGGGCUUGUUGAGUGUUGCAUGGUCUCAGAUCUCUUCUUUCUUUAAAGACUGUUUUACUGUCACAUUGUGAUUUGAAAAGAAAACCAAUAUGCAGUUUGAAAUAGGUUGGCAGGGAUACUGCAGAUAUUUACAGGGAUUAUGAUCAAAAAUAGCUUUGUUAUUAUUACUAUGUACGUGUUCCAAAUGGCCCCUUAUUCCCUUUAUAGAGUGUUGACCUGGACCCAUAGAGAGUCCUUCUAUUCCCUUUAUAGAGUGUUAACCUGGACCCAUAGAGAGUCCUUCUAUUCCCUUUAUAGAGUGUUAACCUGGACCCAUAGAGAGUCAUUCUAUUCCCUUUAUAGAGUGUUGACCUGGACCCAUAGAGAGUCAUUCUAUUCCCUUUAUAGAGUGUUAACCUGGACCCAUAGAGAGUCAUUCUAUUCCCUUUAUAGAGUGUUGACCAGGACCCAUAGAGAGUCAUUCUAUUCCCUUUAUAGAGUGUUAACCUGGACCCACAGAGAGUCAUUCUAUUCCCUUUAUAGAGUGUUGACCUGGACCCAUAGAGAGUCAUUCUAUUCCCUUUAUAGAGUGUUGACCUGGACCCAUAGAGAGUCCUUCUAUUCCCUUUAUAGAGUGUUGACCUGGACCCAUAGAGAGUCCUUCUAUUCCCUUUAUAGAGUGUUAACCUGCACCCAUAGAGAGUCAUUCUAUUCCCUUUAUAGAGUGUUAACCUGGACCCAUAGAGAGUCAUUCUAUUCCCUUUAUAGAGUGUUGACCUGGACCCAUAGAGAGUCAUUCUAUUCCCUUUAUAGUGUGUUGACCUGGACCCAUAGAGAGUCAUUCACCGGGUGAUUAACAGGACAAACACAAUGUUAGAUUCAGAUGUAUACAGAUGAUUAGGUGUUGUCUAGUCUAUACAGGGCUCUGGUUAAAGGUAGUGCACUAUAUAGGGAAUAGGGCUGUAGUAUAAAGUAGUGCACUAUAUAGGGAAUAGGGCUCUGGUCUAAAGUAGUGCACUAUAUAUGGAAUAGUGCUGUAGUUAAAUGUAGUACACUAUACAGGGAAUAGGGCUCUGGUUAAAGGUAGUGCACUAUAUAGUGAAUAAGGGGUCAUUUUGGACACACCCUCUAUGUGAGUUUGGUUGGGCACAAGCCUGGGCCUGUGUGUAAAGUACUGCUGCAUCCUAAAGUGUUGGUAUUCCAGCAUCUUGUAUCUUUUAAUAAAGGUGAUCUAAUCAGCCA